UCCUCCCUCUCCAUCACUUUCUCCUCCACCUCCACCUUCUCGGCCGCUUCCUCCUCCCCCUGCCCAUCUCUCCCCACGCCCUGCCACCGGCCAACAUGUCUGCAGGAGGAGAUUUUGGGAACCCGUUGAGAAAAUUCAAGUUGGUCUUCCUGGGAGAGCAGAGUGUUGGGAAGACAUCCCUGAUCACACGGUUCAUGUAUGACAGCUUCGACAACACUUACCAGGCCACGAUUGGAAUCGACUUCUUAUCGAAGACCAUGUACUUGGAAGACCGGACAGUGAGAUUGCAGCUGUGGGAUACGGCCGGCCAGGAGCGCUUCCGAAGCCUGAUCCCCAGCUACAUCCGGGACUCCACCGUGGCUGUGGUGGUCUAUGACAUCACAAAUCUCAACUCCUUCCAGCAGACCUCUAAGUGGAUUGACGAUGUGAGGACAGAAAGAGGAAGUGAUGUCAUCAUCAUGCUGGUGGGUAACAAGACAGACCUGGCUGAUAAAAGGCAGAUAACAAUUGAGGAAGGAGAGCAGAGAGCCAAAGAGCUGAGUGUCAUGUUUAUCGAGACUAGCGCGAAAACAGGAUACAACGUAAAGCAGCUUUUCCGGCGUGUGGCAUCAGCUCUGCCAGGAAUGGAGAACGUCCAGGAGAAGAGCAAAGAAGGAAUGAUCGACAUCAAGCUGGACAAGCCGCAGGAACCGCCAACCAGCGAAGGCGGAUGCUCCUGCUAAUCCAAACCCCCGGAUCGGUCAGCUUCAUUCGACACCACACGCUUGUUGUGUUGCUUUCUAUCGGUUAGCUUCCUAAAAAAAAAACAAAACAAAACAACCAACACAGAAUCAGUUCUCAAGAUGGGAGGAUUUUUCGUUUUCUCUCUGUCUCUGGGGGU